CUCUCUCUAUCUCUCUCUCUCUCUCUCUCUCUCCGGCUGAUAACCGCGACGCGAGGAGAGACAUCGCCUGCUCGAGAGAGGAUCGAUCGUAGUGUAGGCGACUCGCGCGCGGAUGGAUCGCGCGGCAGUGAACGCAACACAUCUCGCACCAGGUGAUCGUACGGUAGUUUCGCGAGUGGCCGCUGAGAGAGUCGAAAGCUGACACACGCCGAGUCCGAGGACGUUCGCACCGAGAGAGGAGAGAGACCUCUCGCUCGCUCGCGCUCGCGCUCGCGCGCGCGCGCGCGCGCGCGUGGACGGCAUCAGGAACACGGCUCAACGGCGUUGCUCAACGUCCCCGCGACGCUUUCUAUACCCUUCGACGUAGUCGGCCGCGACUACGCAGUUGAGCGCGCAGUCGGCGGGACUCAAUCAUCACCACUCGUCGAAGUCGACGAGGAGGAACAAUGCACCGUCGAACCGUGAGGUACAUGAAGCCGAAGAAGAUCAUAAUCCGCCGACGUAAGAACAAGUACUCCGUGGGCAGGAAGAUGAAUACGAUCAUUAUCACGCGCCGUCCGUUCGCCGAUAUGUCGCCGAUGCCGAGAUCGAGUUAGAGACGCUCGCGGCACGCGGCAUCGCGGCGCAGAGAGACAGAGGGGAAGAGAGAGAGAGAGAGAGAGAGAGAGAGAGAGAGAGAGAGAGAGAGAGAGACAUCGCGCGCGACACACACGGCGGCGAAGCAUCGCCGAGCUCGUAAUGCUCCAUCGCGGAGCAUCCGCGCGAGUCAAGGUAAGGUCGCCGUGCGUUUUUCAGCGCGGUGCUUUUGACGCGUCGAAAGGAGAAGAUGAUCGGAGGAGAAUAGAGGCCGCGUGAUGGCCCAGCGAGAAGAAGACGCGACGGGAAGAAGAGCCCUGUGGUGGCCUCGGACAGCGCGAGCACACGAACGUCGUCGCAAAGACUGACCUUGACCCGGAAAAUUCCGCGUCGGUGCGAGCGUGCGCGCGCGAGCGCGCGCGCGCGCGAGCACUCGGAAUCGGAAGUUACGCGACAACGAGACGACGAGUUGACGACGACGUUCUCAGCGUCUCUCGAGGGCACACGCAGCCACGCAGCCAGUAGCUUAGCGUAGGGGCAGUUUAGUGCCCAGGUGGAUGCACGCGAAGACGGCGAAGACUGAGGUCGUCGCGCGCUGCAGAAGCGGCGGCUGAAGGCAGAGAGGCUCGCUCUCGCUCUCGCUCUCCGAGUCGCAACGAGUGCUGAGAGCAGCCCCGAAGAGACACGGCUGGAAGAGGAAAGAGAGGUGUGGGUACCGCUACCAGCGCUGGACGCGCUGGCUGGACCGGCGGCGGCGGCGGCGGCGGCGGCGGAGAGAAGGAAAGGCGCGCGCGCGCGCGCGCGCGGCGUCUCUCGUAAUGCACGAUGGUGCAUUAGCCGGGAGUCGCGGCGACUACUGUGCGAUUUCUCUCCGCGCGCGUGAAACGACCGAACCGAAAUCCGCGCGGGAGAGCCGUGGCCGUUCCUCGUUCGUUCCUCGGAGCGUGGCGCGCGGCGAACCGAGGCGAGUCGCGUCGAGCAGAGUCGCGCCGCGCCGAGCCGAGCCGACGAGAGCCACUGCUGCUCGUCCGCGCAGCGCCGGAUCUUGGAUCUCUUUGACCACUCGGUCAGCACACUCGGACAGCCGGACGAAGAGGAGAUCCCGCGUAUGCACGCCUCCGCCGCGUAUACAUGACUCCGCUCAUCCCUCCGCUCGCCGGCCGUCCAGACGUAGAGUGAGAGACCCUGUUCCCUUCGACGAGAACAAAGAUAUGUCCGAGACCACGACGACGACGACGACGAAAGGUGCGCCUGCUGCUGCUGCUGCUGCUGCUGCUGCUGCUGCUGCUGCUGCUGCUGCUGCUGCUGCUGCUGCUGGGGUCACACCCGAGAAGAAGCAAGCGAACCCGGUCGCCGUCUGCGCCGAGAAGUCCGCCGACUGCGCCGUCACCUGGAAGUCCAUGAGCAUACGGCAGAAAUGGUCCUUCCUCACCAGCAACAUCACCGUCGAGCCGAUGGUCGCGUGCUACGUCAUCCCGAGCGUGCUCUCCUCCUUGGCCGUGCAGAAUCUCAUUCUCGAGAAGGCCUGCCGGGUGAACCUGGCCUACCCGGACGAGGUGUGCUCGGCUUUGUCCGCUAGGAACACCACCGGCUACGAGGCCGAGGAGACCGCCGUUCAACAGCUGGUGGCGCGCAUGCAGACCUGGAAGACGCCGCUGCAGAGCGCCUUGCCGACCAUUCUGAUCCUCUUCAUGGGCGCGUGGAGCGACCGCACCGGUCUUAGGAAGCCCUGCAUGCUGUUGCCGAUCAUCGGCGAGUUCUUCAGCAGCGUCACCCUCAUCGGCUGCACCUACUGGUUCUACGAGCUGCCCAUGGAGGCGGUCGUGUUGGAAGCGCUCUGGCCUGCCUUGACCGGCGGCUGGUUCACCAUGUUCAUGGGCAUCUUCAGCUACAUAGCGGACAUCACGUCCGUGGAGUCGAGGACGCUUAGAAUCGGCGCGGCCAACGUCUUCCUGUCGCUCGGCGUGCCGAUCGGCAUGGCGCUGUCCGGGAUACUCUACACGAAGCUCGGUUUCUACGGUGUCUUCAGCAUCACCACCGUCUGUUACAUCAUGAGCUUCGUGUACGGUCUGGUGGUCAUCAAAGAGCCGCCGCGGGUCCUCGCGGAACGCGCGCGGAAGAAGGCCCUUCCGAGCGAGCCCAAGCGGAUCUCGGUCUGCGCCUUCGUCUGCGACUUCUUCUCGCUGCGGCACAUCGAGGAGACGUUUCGCGUGGCGUUCAAGAACGGGGCGAACAACCGUCAGAAGAGAGUGGUCGUGCUCAUGGUCAUUGUUAUGGUCGUCAUCGGGCCCCUUUACGGCGAAAUGGCGGUUCUGUAUCUUUAUAUGCGGUACCGAUACAACUGGAACGAAGUGACGUUCAGCAUGUUUUCCACGUUUGGCAUGGUAACUAAUCUGAUCGGAACCGCGGUCUCCGUCGGCAUCUUCAGCCACAUCCUCAAGAUCGACGACGCGAUCGUGGGUAUAAUGAGCUGUAUGAGUAAAAUCUUAGCAGGUUUCGUAUAUGCGUUCGCCAGCACGGACUGGAUGGUCUACGUAGCCGCUAUCGUGGAGAUUGUGAACGGGACAUCCUUCAUCGCCAUGCGAUCGAUAGCCUCGAAGCUCGUGCCCACGGACGAACUGGGUAAGGUGAACUCGCUGUUCGGCGUGUGCGAGUCCCUGAUGCCGCUCGUUUACGGGCCGAUGUACAGCGCCAUUUACGCGGCGACCAUGAAUACAUUUCCGGGGACGUUCUUCAUCGCCGGAGCGUGCAUGACGAUGCCCGCCGUGUUCGCAUUCUUCUGGUUGUACACGGAGCACCGAAAGGAUCGUCUGAUGAGGGAGCAGAAGGAUCUGGAGGCUACGACCAAUCACAAGAACGAGGACGCGGUAGAUCACAGUCUCAAGGCAUUGAACUCCCGAACCGUAGACACGCAGAAAAACCUGCAGAAAGCCGAGAUGAUGAAUGGCAUAGACAACUCGGCCUUCGAAUCCGAACAGCUGUGAUCUCACGAUACUUCUUUCUCCUUUUUAAUAGAAAGACAAACGAGAUGAUAUCGAUUAUACCUCAUCGAGAAAAAGAUCAAAGAUCUGACGCAAUGACGAAGGACCUUACGGGACCGGUGCGUGAACGAGCGUCACGAUCACGCUGGCGAACGAAAGUGGCGAAUCGCCAGAUUUUUGUGUGACCUCUUUCGCGGAAGGACAUUAAAAAGUCUGCGAAACUUCAGAGAGCAAAUAGUGCGUCAAAAUUCAGGGUGCGCGACAGUCCCAGCGGAAUAUCAUCGUCAGAUGUCGAGGAAGCAAGAUUUAUUCCGAGCCUACUAAGAUUUAUCAGGGACGACAGUUCGCGAUUGCGAUUAUUCGGAGCAACGUUUAGUGAAAAACUUGCUCCACAGCUUUUAGACCCCAGGAGAGUCGCGCUGGAGUAAAUCAGGAUUCGAAAAGAUUUCUUUUAGACUCCACAUAACUGCUAGCGAUUGUCAUCUCCAUAGAUCCGAUUAAGAUUCAAUUUAGGAUGUAAAUAAAAUAAAAAAACUUCAUUGAUUCUCUUCUCGGUCGUCCAUGACUGCAUUUACUGCAGCUUGUAGAUUCCUUUUCGAACAUAUUUAUGCGAUAUACAGGAUGUCCCGGAACAAUUGCAUCCACAGUUCGUUGGAAUGUAGAAUGGAUUGAGAAGCAAAGAAAAUAGUCCCAAACCGUUUUGCGAUACUUGCAAUAACGAUCGAGCUAUUAAUUAUAAAAGUCGGAUGAAUGAGCGCGCGCAGAAACCGUAGGGGAGGAACAUUUGAGCCGUUCUCGGCCCAGUUAUUCCAACAAUUGUUACCAACGCGAGGAGAAGGAUGUUGCAUCGCUGCACAUGUGCUUACCUCAUCGCAUCUUAAGCCCGCAUCGAUAUAGCCGCUAAAUACACGUAAUUACAAGGCCAUUUUAUGAGACAGCAGAAAUAGCUCAUGGCUUGAAAUACGGCAAAUUCUGUGAUAAGAACAAUUGAAAGACCUUUCGAUUUUUUAUCGCAGAACUUUCAAUAUGUCACGGUCUCAAUAUGAGCUAUUUUUGCUAUCUCUCUUAAAACGGCUCCGUAAUCGUAAUUGCGAAUAUUUAGCGGUCAUAUCGAUGCGAUUGCUUAGGCAAGCAUAUGUAAGCGGCGCGUUGCCCCUCCCUUGUCGCACCGCGCCUAAACUCAUCGCAUCGAUAUGCCCGCUUAAUAUUUGCAAUUAUGAGGUCGUCAUUUUAUGAGGCAGCACAAAUAGCUCACAUUGAGACCGUAACAAGUUCUACGAUAAGAAAAAUUGAAAGAUCUCGAUAAGAAAGGUCGAAUGAAUUUUCGAUCUUUUCUAUUGCAGAACUUUUUACGAUUUCAAUAUGAGCUAUUUUCUGCUGCUUCAUAAAAUGAGCUUAUAAUUGUAAUUGCGAAUAUUUAGCGGCCGUAUCGACGUGAACUUAGGCACGAUGCAACGAAAACGUAAAAGCGGCGAAGUAAGCAUACGCAGCGAUGCGUUAUCUUUCCUCUAGCCUUCUGUACGCCGGCAAUAAUUAUUAAAAAACUGGACCGCGUUACAGCCCGAGAAUGGGAGAAAUGCUUCUCCCUUACGAUCUCUGCGCGCGCUCAUUCAUCCAACUUUUAUAAUUAAUAACUUGAUAAUUAUUACGAAUAUCGCAAAAUGGUAUCGAACAUUUUCGUCCGUCUUGAUCAACAAUUGUUUUGGGACACCCUGUAUAUGUGAUGUUCCGAAUAAGGAAUAACUACUGGUUUAUUUUUAAUAUUUAACACUUGUUAUUAAGAUAAUAACUAUUAGAUUAAAGAGAUUAUUGUUUAAGAUUUUUCAACAUACGAUUAAAUCAAUCAUCUUAGAAAGGAAUGAUUAUUCAAUCCUUAUUUUUAGGGAGCACAAAAAAUAUUCGAUAGUAUUAUGAUACAUACAGCUGUAACAUUUUAGCAUUUCAUCAUUUCCUUAUCUCUUAUAUUCAUCCUAUUUCUUUUUUAUUCUGCUUCUGCUACAAUAGCCGAGACAUCUCAUGUACAAAUAUGGAAAGUCAUCGCCUGAUAUUUUAACGAUCCUUUUUAAGAUGAGCGAUUCUCACUUUAUGUAUAAUAUAUUACACGCGUGCGACAUAAUUUCCGUUACAAAUAUCUCGCCGUCUUGAAUGUAGUGCUUGUUUAAAAGCGUCUCUGACGAGUCAAUUACAUGCGUCAAGAGCGUCGUACGUCGACACAUGAAACGUGAUACUCAAAUUUUUAUUUAACGAUCCAUAUCCUUUAUUUCGGGUACUAGUACAAACUGUACUUAAGCGAAUUACGACGAGAGCGUGAAAGAAACAUGUGCGUCACAGGCACUCGCGAUACGUUGGUUACUCAGUUCCCUACCGCACAUGAAUUCUUAAUAAGAAAUUUCGCAUAGAACUUGAACAUUCUAUUCUUUUUAGAGCAUCUUCUGUUGGAGGAAGCACGCUAAUCGAGAUACAAUUUGACAUUGAAAUUAAGAAAUUGCAAAUUCUGAUGAAGUUACCAACAGCAUACAUAGCUAAUACACACGUCUCGUUUUUCAUUAACUUUAAGUGUGGAGUUUACUUUUAUGCAGAUUUUAUUUAAGAUUUAAUUCAUGUAUAUGCAUAUACCAUAAUAUAAACCGAAACUUAAUGAAACUGAAAAAUAUACUUUCCAUCGAUUUUGUGGAAUCUUUCCUCUAGACGAAUCUUAGAGAUUCAGAAUCGAAUUCCAGCAUUACUGCUACUUUCUCUUUCCCUCUCUCUCUCUCUCUCUCUCUCUCUCUCUCUCUGAAUCUAUUUAAAAUUAAAAAUUAGCAAUAUCUGUUUCUUUCCUCAUUUUCCUCGAAUAAUGUCCUACAUUUGAAUCCUAUUUACCUCUCCAGAAUCUGUUCAAUUUUUACAUGAUUUACGUGGCCACAAGUUUACUAUGUUGUAUAAUAUAUUUAUAAUUAAAUUAGGUGUAGAUAAGAAAUAUAGUUAUAUUAACUAUAAUUAUAUGUACGUUAAUUUUAUCUAUUUAACUAAGUUACGACAAUAUAUGCAAAAUCAUGGAUCAUA